CUUCAAGUUUUAAGAGCAGAAAGCUUAUCUUCAAAUCAUAUCGGAUAAAAAUGCGGUGUACAUAAAAGACUAUAAUAAUUAUUACUAAUUUCGAUAAAUAUUUAAGAUUUAAAAAUGGAAGAUAUCAAAAGUAACUCUGAUACUAUAGAAACAACAAAUAAUGUUUCGGACACUGCAUCUACAAUGCAAGACGAAUCUACAGAAAGGAAAAUACCAUGUAUUAUUGUACUUGGGAUGGCUGGUGCUGGAAAAACAUCAUUUGUUUCUAGACUUGUUUCUCGAUUGUAUAAUAAAGGAAAGCCAUAUGUCGUUAAUUUAGAUCCUGCAUGUAGAGAAGUUUCAUAUCCUGCUAAUAUAGAUGUAAGGGACACUGUAAAUUACAAAGAAGUGAUGAAACAAUAUAACUUGGGCCCAAAUGGUGGUAUAGUGACAAGUUUAAAUCUUUUUACCACAAAGUUUCAUCAGGUUAUCGAACUUAUUAACAAAGCUAAUAAAGAACACAAUUAUGUGAUUUUUGACACACCAGGACAAAUUGAGGUGUUUACAUGGUCAGCUAGUGGCUCGAUUAUAACAGAAGCAUUAGCAUCUGAAUUUCCAACUAUUAUUGUAUAUGUGAUAGACACUGUGAGAAGCGUUAAUCCUGUUACGUUCAUGUCCAAUAUGUUAUACGCUUGUUCUAUACUUUAUAAAACUAAGUUACCUUUUAUUGUAGUUAUGAAUAAGAUUGAUAUUGUUGAACAUAGUUAUGCAAUUGACUGGAUGCAUGAUUUCGAAGCCUUCCAAGAAGCACUCGACAAGGAAAGUGGUUACAUUAACAAUCUUACACGGAGCAUGGCACUUGCACUAGAUGAAUUUUAUAGUCAUUUGCAAUGUUGUGGCGUUUCUGCGAAAACGGGUGCCGGAAUUGAUGAAUUUAUGGAGUUGGUUGAAGCUGCCGUAAAGGAAUAUGAAACGAGCUACAAAAAAGAUUGGGAAAAAUUUAAAAUGGAGAGAGAAGCUCAACGAAAAAAGGCAAAAAAGGAACAAUUAGAAAAGGCUAGUAAAAAGGCAAUGGGAGAAGCUGUAUCUUUUGUAACAACGGUUAAUAGUGAUCACGACACUUCGGAAAUCUAUUUGAGACACGCAUACAAUGAAUCAAGCGAAGAUGAAGAUGGAACAGAAAACAAUUUUGAAAAUGAAGAUGAAAAGGAGAAAAAUGAAGAGUCAUUUAAAAAUUUCUUAGAAAGACAUAGAAUAGAACAAGCUAAACGUAAGAAUAAUCAGGAAUCCGAACCUAAUACAAGUAAAAAUUGA